AUGAAGUUUCUUCCACUUCCAGAGUUCGAGGACGUGACGAGUUCUCUGAAUUUCGACACCGCCGACUGUCACAUAGUCGGCGGAUGUGACAUUUAUACCACCAAGGCAGCACGCUCCGAUCGGAAACUCUACAAUCACAUCGAACAGUCUCUCGAGGCUCAAUAUGAAUCAGUGCUUCGAUUUUCGGCUUCGCUUUCGCCCCCAAACGCGCAUGAUGCAGCCGAGUCACUGAAUCUAUCGCGUUCUAGCCCGUUCGGACCCCUGAGCGACCAUUCAAGUCGAAGGACAUUUGCUUAUCUGAUCGCGACCUUGAACGCAAGCCACCCGGAUUACGAUUUCUCACAUGUCCUGCGACCGAGUGACUUCCAUCGCGAGCGUAAUCUGCAGCGCGUCAUGAAUACCGUUGAUUCAACACUGCUCAACCUGCGCCCGCGCGAGAAUAUCAGUUUGUCCCCCGCCUCGCCUGCGACGCUCUCAGGGUCAUACACUGGCACAUCAUCGUCUGGGUGGGGUCCCCGCGUGUGGAAGACGAUAGAUGAACACAUGUCACUCAAGGAGUGUUCAAUCUACUCGUACUCCCCUGAAGAGGUCCCAUCCGAUGCCGAUGACGGCGCCAUUUGGAGUUUGCACUACUUCUUCUUCAACCCAAUACGCAAACGCGUGUGCUACAUUUUCCUGCGUGCGAUCCCCAUCCUGAGCCAUACUCCGGAUGAGUUCGCGACUACGCCUACUGGGAAACGCACCUUCGACGAUGGAUACCUCACGCCGGACCUCAGCUCCAGCAAGCGUUCUAAGUACUGGUUCGGAGAACGCGCGAGGUCAUCGCUCGUCAGAAGUUCCAGUGAAGACGAGAUGGAUCGCCCUCCGAAGACGAUUCGGUCUACGGCGGCGGAGUAUGAUACUUAUGUCAUCAGUGAUGAUGACGAAACUCUGCCGUCGAUGCGCCGGGAAGUGCGGGCGAUGAGUGAGGAAAUUGCGGACUCAAUGGAGGUUUAA